AUGGUGAAGAAUCUUCACGUUGGCAAGGAAACACCCAUGAAGUACUCUGUGGGACCACGAGGACCCGAUUGCUGGCAUGAACCAGAUCUUGUCUUGAUUGUUUCCGUUCAAAGAGGACGGUGUCACUCGUACUGGGUGCCUGACGUCUGGGCACUGUGCACUUUCCUCGACAAAGGUAUUUGUGAUCCUCGGCUUUCCUGCCUCAAAGGUUUUGGGAUCCUCGGCUUUCCUGCCUCAAAGGAUGGCAUUGCUCUUAUGAGUGGCGGGAUCGUACAGGAAGCAAGCUUCGCGGUGCUGCCCACUGUGUCACCGCUGGUGUGUACAGCGCUGACGUUUGCCAUGAUGACGCCGGUGUUACGGAGUAUUUGGAAAUACCCGGACUUAUCGCUCUUUACUAGCGCGCUUGCAUAUUGUAUGCUGUGCUUGUUUCUGCUAGGCUAUCACGUGCACGAGAAGGCAAUUCUGCAGGUGACACUUUCGAUGGCACUUAUGGCUGCUGAUAGCGUUGCUAGCAUGCGGCUAUACAGAAAACUUGACGCUGUAAAGUCCUACGUUGACGCACAAAGACCAAAGUAA